AGUGUUGCUGAUCGCGCGAGGAAAUUUAGUAGUUUUUCAGUCAAUAUUGUUUUUUUUCCUGAAUCUCUGUACGUAUGCUGCAAUUUGCAAUUUUCUAGUGCAUCGAGUGUUAGUGUCAUAGAUCGUGUAUUUCAUUAAAAAAAGCUGAGUGAAAAGUGGAAACGAUCCAAUAAAUCGAUUCAAAUGUAGUGGUGAUAAUUGCCCCCAUAACAGUUCUGACAGUAGUGGCAGCUUGUUGGGACAGCGAUAGUGCGGACAGAGAAGCACGUCCCUUGCUGCCGCCAAUCGGCGGAUACACCACGAGUAAUGGAUAUCAUCGACGUAUUCGAUGCACUAGAAGAUGACUCAUUCAUCGGCGACAUGGAACGGCUGGACGAUGAAGUGGUGGAGAUUUUCAAACAAUGGAAAUCAUGCGGUACACUCCCGUCAAGCAGUGGUACGAUGCCAGCAGCAGUCCCCAGCACCAGCAGAUUCGGUUUUGGCAGCGUCAGUCAUCACUCCAGCACUAGUGGCGCUAAUAACAGCAGCAACAUCAGCAUUAGCAGCCGUAACAGUACUUUAACCAGCGACAGCAAAGGCGCAAAGUACAUCGACACCCGAACGUUUACCAGACCUAAGAAGAAGUUAGACACAACGUUCAACUCGUCAAAUAUAUCGGCAGAGUUUCGCUCUGGCGUACAAGAAGAGCACAAAGUGCCCUCCCCUCUUCUGAAUGUCCACAUAGGUGGACCGGUUACGCCAUCCAGCAGUAGUAAAAUGGUGAACUCAAGUCACUUGAUGCAGAAAAGCUGGCUCAAUGAUGUUUCUCCUCCCGGUUCAAUCAUGUCAUCGAUGGAUUUCUCCGGAAACGAAAAGAUGGGCGGCAGUUUGAUAACCAGCGGAGAUUUUACCAAUGUUAGCUGUCUGUUAAACACGGUGACCAACAGUACCAUCAGCACAAACGAAGAGAUGCUCAACUCUCAGAGUAGCUUUGAUGGUUAUAAAUUGGCCGACGUUAUCAAGGAUCGCAAGUUUCUGGAGAGUUUAUCCUGUUUAGACGAUUCGACAUUAACCAAGGACAGUGCGAUAUCACGAACGGACUUGAAUGGGAUUGAGGGAACUUUGUCUGGAUUGAGUACAAUGCAAAACUCAUUAGAGAGUGUGUCAAAGAGCGCUGACAGCAGGCUGUCCGACGUAACAACUGUAGCCAAUGGAGCAAUAGCUGAACUGGCAUCGACAUCGGAAGAGCUUCCGGAAGCUGGAACCAGAGGGAAAAUAAACACCACUUUUGAGAGGCGCCGCAAUUUCGACACCUACCGCAAACCAAAAUCAUUCCUAAAUGGCACUUUUGAUACGUUGCCUAAGGUGGAUGAUGAUGUGGAGCACAAAACAGUUAAUCGAACGUUCGAUGCUGUACAGCAUGAUGGACAGUUGCUGGAUGCCACAUAUGGCAUGGAAAAUAACUGCAAUGGAACUUUUUCGCUCAAUCGAACGGCCAAGGUGGAUGGAGCGGAAAAGCAACUCAAUCAAACCUAUGAGUAUUGUGAGAAAAAUUCUCCGACGAUUCCGGCAUUGAAUCGAACAUUUGAAAGGCCUACAAAUGAAACUCUAACAGAGCCUACUAGCCCUAAAAGUCCUGAGAUCAAUAAUAGUCAUAUCCAAACACCUAACGGAACAUUCGAGCUACCAGCCGAUGGGAAAACAGCUGGAGACACCACUACCAUAGUUCAGUCUACGCCCUUUGUUAAUGUGCCUAGAACGAAUCGUGUUAGCGAUAUUAGUCAGUAUGAUGUGAAUGUAUCUCCAAUUUCUCCACAUGUAGUACGCAGGUCAGAGGUAGUUAGGCGAAGUCGAAAUUUGAAUGAUGAAAUGUCUGCGAGCCAUUUGGAAACGGAUGACUUUGACGUCGAGUUUCGAAAACUUCCAAAUACGCCUAAUUGUAACAAGACUGAUAGCAGCAACGGAUCGCAUCUUUUGGAAAGCGAAAAACGGAUAUCGUUGCAGCAUUUUGAAGAGUUCGAAAAAUCUAUAAUGGAGAGUGAACACAACGGCUUAGAUUUCGAUGAAAUGUUGAACUCUUUAACGGACGUGAAACGUUCAAUGGACAGCGUUAAGCUGCGACAAUCGUUGGACAACAUCAAAAAACGCCAUUCGCGCAUGAAUUCGGAAAAACAGUUGGAGGACUUACGGAAGCGAACAGAAAUGAAUGAUUCUCUAUCUUCUCCGCUGGAUAAUAAGUUGGUGGACUCAAUGGCAAAAAGCAUGUCCUCUUCUAGCGGUAGUGAACGAUUAUUAAACCGCAGAAGCAGGUAUAACGAUGAUGUGAACCUAACGCUGUCGCCAUCGCAGAAAACUACUGACAUUUCCGUGCAAGAUUCAGAACUGCAGUCAACGAACGAAACAAAAACGGUAAAUGAUCCUCCUCCUACCGAGCAGGAGGUAGGAGGUAGUGAUAGCAAAAAGAAUCGCGAUCGUUUUAAAACGAUACGCAUCAACAAACGGCUAGCGGAGGGUAUGGUUGUCGUACCGAGCCCCGAGGAAACAAUAGAAGACUGCUGCCAGCUUGAAUCGGUAUCUCUUCCUGUAGAGGAAGAGAUACUUGAAACGCCGGUAGCAACCGAACCGAGUGCCUUCAGCCGUGUGGACUACAACUCACCGAAAGAAAGUCGGCUUUCUACCACCAUUACGACGAACCCCACCACCGUUAGUAGCAAUAUGGAUCAACAGAGUAAGACUGAAGAUACGAUGUUUAAGCGACCGCAAGGAAUUGUGAAACCAGAAAGCAAACUUCGAUCGUUAUCAAAGCCUCGUCUAUAUGGUGGACCCGGCGGAGCUUUCGGCAUCGCAAGGAAAGACUUGUCGCUUCCUUUGGCGACGAAAUCGAGCUCGACUGAUAAUUUAGAAAACGAUCGUCCCAAUUAUCAGCAUUCGCUGGGGUCCAAUCAUUCUCGGUUAUCGUUGGGUGGGAAAGGUAGCUACGGGGUCGGCUUGGUAGGUAAUGGUGGCAAGGGUGGAACGGGAAAUUCAGUGCCACAAUCGAACCUUAAAUCUCCUAUGGGUACAAAGUCGAAGUCCUAUCACAAUCUGUACUACAACCAAAGUGUGCACGGAGGUUCGAAUGGUAGUGUAAACCGGAUCCCGACUCCACUGGGCUUGUCCGCACAAAAGACGUCGCACAAUAAUAGCAACACUGAGCUGAAAAAUAACCACUCUAGACUGCAACUGAACCUGCGAACUCCACGCGCUAGUUCCCUGGUUCGACCCGUUACGACGGCCCUGAAAACGUCUGCGUCCGAUAUAGUCACCCGCAGCAAUGAACUGAAUUCCAGCAGUAUUACGACAAACAACGCUACUCUAUCGGGCGUACAAAUGCGGGCACCAAAAGGCAAUGCAUCUCGGUUAGGGCUGGUACGGCCUUCUUCCGGUUACUUUAGUUACGGUUCCCACAGAAAAAAUAUCGACUCGGACAGCGAGUCAAUCAAUAGUUUAUCAUCAUCAUCGGCCAGCUCCAGAGGAAGCUUGUACCGUGUAGAUAGUCAAAGCAUAGCCAACAAUGUACAAUCAUAUGCCACCAAUAAUAGUAUUGAAGAUAUCAGCGGUAGUACCGGUAUUCACAGCGGAAAAAGCCUGGGACCCCCGAAGACUGGAAGCGCAAUAGAACCGAACCGAACGACUGUUGGCGGCAGUACAACCAAGUUGACUACAAACGGAACAAUAAACAAGGCAUCGGGGCUACGACCACCGUCUAAUCUGCGGCUUCCAACGGCACGCAGUGCUCUUCCGCGACCGACCAGCUAUGUGAGGCGAUAGAUCCUAUAGCACGCUGUUUUCCAUGUAUUGAUUUUUCUUAUCUGUGCUGCAUACCUACUUUAGAGUAUCAACGUGCUUAAAAGAAUUUGUUAACAUGUCUUACUGGGUCACUUAUAUUUUUUUAAAUCAAAAAUGGAAUUAGGCUUAGCGACUGAAAGCCUUUUUAGCAAAAUAUCUACAAAAGAAAUAUUUUCGUGUGAUAUGUUGGCAUCAACUUUUGUUAUAUAUUUUGUACAUUCAUGCUAUUUUUCUAACCAGUAUAACGAUUGUCUCGCAACCAGAAUAAUUUUGUGUAAUAUAACCUGAACAGAGCUUACUAGAAACUUCUCACGAGCAAAUUUUAACAUGAACCCAUGCACAAAAUUAUGUUUAAAAUAUUGUGUUUUCAUUAUAUUUUAACUCUAGAUUGCAAAACACCUACGCCUUACUAGCUCUAUAGAAAUUAUUUCGAAGUUUGCCAUUCACUGUUAGUUCUGUCUUAGAACUUUAAUCGUUACAAUGUUCUAUCGAUGCGUACGUUGAUAUUCCUAUCAUUGCAUUUCGUGUUUUUCCGUAAUCGAACUUUAGUCGUCAUAGUCCCUGUGUAAUACUAAUGAACGUCUCUUUAUACAAACAUUGAUCGUUAAUAUCGAUUCAUCAUAGUUGAUAAGUUCGUUUAUAAGUCCGAAAUCCGAACGCAUAUGUUUUAAGUUUUCAUAACCUUAAAAUACCAUUCAAAAACGAUUGACGACCAUAAAGGAAUCAGUUCCAACAAAGCUCAUUCGAAUUGCGCAAUAAAGGAAUUGGAACUCACCAAUAAGGAAUACAACCAUAUACCAUAAUAUGCCGCAAAAUGCUCCUUUCGGUUACUGCGUAGUUGUUAUUGUAGAAGUAACGUAUCAAAAGCAGAAUAUGAAUCAGUUUCGAAUAGGCAGGCCAUUUGCUGUGCUAUUAGCUUCGCAUAUAAUUUAGAACUAUGGCCAAUUUGCUAACCACAAACACAAAAUAUACACAAACCCAUUAUAGCUAUUUAUCUACUCUUCUGAUUUUAUUUUGAUUUGUACAUAAAUAUCUAAAACAAGAAAAAUAUAUU